CAUAUUCACACGUGCUUCAACUACUUAUCUACAUCACUCUCACACACUGACUGUGUAUUAAACUGUGUGACAGCGGAUACCUGAACUUCUUCAGAAGUGACAUUCUUAAAUCAAUAUUUCUUCGUUAUCUCACCGGAUUUUAAAUCAUGGCAGCAAGUGGUGAAAUUGCACUUUUAAGUGUCUCCAAUAAGACCGGACUGAUUGAUUUUGCAAAGCGUCUCCAUGCUCUGGGGCUGCAUCUUGUUGCGUCUGGAGGGACGGCCAAAGCAAUCAAGGAUGCUGGGAUUCCGGUCAGUGAUGUGGCCUCUGUGACUGGAGCUCCAGAAAUGCUUGGUGGGCGUGUGAAGACCCUACACCCUGCUGUACAUGCUGGCAUUUUGUCCAGGAAGAUAGAGCAAGAUGUCGCUGAUAUGAACCAACAAGGCUUUCAGUUUGUCCGAUUGGUUGCUUGUAAUCUCUACCCAUUCGAGUCGACCAUCGCCGAACCGGAUGUUACCGUGGCAACCGCUGUGGAGCAGAUUGACAUUGGUGGCGUUACUUUGCUUCGUGCAGCAGCCAAGAACCAUUCCAGGGUCACGGUGGUGUGUGACCCCAAAGACUAUAACAGGGUUCUUCAAGAACUAGAAAGCAACCAGGACAAAGAUACCGCACUAGAAACCAGACAACAGCUCGCUGUCAAGGCAUUCAGUCACACAGCCCUCUACGAUGUAGCCAUAUCAGAUUACUUCCGUCAGCAGUACUGCAGCAAUGCCUCCCAACUUAGCCUCCGCUAUGGGACCAACCCCCACCAGAAGCCCGCUCAACUCUUCACCUACCGCGAGGAGCUCCCUCUGAAGGUGCUCAACGGUUCCCCUGGGUUCAUCAACCUCUGCGAUGCCCUCAAUGCCUGUCAGCUGGUCAAGGAGUUGCGCGCCGCACUCGGGAUGCCGGCGGCGUCCUCUUUCAAGCACGUCAGCCCCGCCGGUGCUGCUGUUGGGUAUGAGUUGAGUCCAGAGCAGGCGAAGCUGUGUAUGGUAGCUGACAUGAUGCCGUUAACCCCGCUGGCCACAGCUUAUGCCAGAGCAAGAGGUGCUGAUCGUAUGUCCUCAUUCGGUGACUUUGUUGCUCUGUCGGACAUUUGUGACGUCCCCACUGCAAAGAUUAUCGCUAGAGAGGUAUCGGAUGGUAUAAUAGCCCCUGGGUACGAGCCUGAGGCAUUUGAAAUCCUGGCCAAGAAGAAGGGCGGCAAAUACUGUAUUCUCACGCAUGGUAGCAUCCUUGUGAGAUCUCUUUGGUCGCAAUAAAACGCAGUACUGUCAAGUAGAAACAACCGUUUGGUCGGCAUUGGUCUUGUGGUAUUCGUAGUGGUCAGCAUAAAUUUUGAUGUAAAAGCAGUACAGUUGAACAAAUAAAUGUCUUGAAAUUCA